GUUUUCAGGAAUAACUAAUACUGUAAGCCGAGCAUGUUUUGGCUGGAUAGGAUAUCGACAGUGUAUAAAAAGGAUGGUUCUGCUUGAAAUACUUAUAUAUCUCUUAGGAAUAUCAACAGGGUUGUCGUUCCUACUUACAUCUUUCGAAACAAAAUUGUUGUAUAUGAGUAUGUAUGGAAUUUUUACAGGUGGUUAUAACUCACUUUGCCCUGUUGUUCUCGCGGACCUUUUUGGAACAGAGACGUUAGAUAAAUCAUUUGGACUAAUGAUGCUGAUCAUAGGAAUUGCAGAUGCAGUGUCUACGCCGUCUCUCGGUUGGCUGUUUGACAUAACAGGGAAUUACAACAUGUCCUUCAUCGUCACUGGAGCGGUUUUUACAUUCGGUGGAGUUCUGAUGUUGAUGCCACGAAUUCUAUUGUUCAAGAAAAGACUUACAAUUUGCAUGCAUGAGGAUAUUCCAAUGGCUUGAAAUUUGUUGCCAUAUUUACAUAUCAUUUUAAUAAAAAACAUGAAGCAUUCCUUUAUUUCUUUCAGAAAAGCUGCACGAGCACUCGGGAACAAUUACGAUUUAAACUCUGGAGCUCUUUGAUAAAACUGAUUGUAUUUCAUGGAAUUUCUUUUUUCACUUCCCACAAAUUUUAUCUCAUCGUAUCAUUUUUUAUUAUCAUUCUUAUAAAAAUGUUAAAUAAUUCAAAGAUUGUUUUAGUAUUAGUCGGAGGGAACUGCCGACUUUUCUCUUCAGUUUUAUAUGUUAUAAUUGCAAUUUGUCACAUUUUAAGAAAGAGGCGUGUGGUAUCUUUGAUAUUUUUACUAUAACACCUCACAUAUGUUUUAUUUUUCUAAAAAAAAAAGAAAUUCAGAUCGUUUUUGUAUAGUGUCCUACACAUAUUUUUGUUUUACAUUGUUGGAUCUGCAAGUUAGUCAUCUUGACUGCAUGUGAAUGUACAUUAUAUGGCACAAAAAUAUUUCACUGUUACUUGCAGCAUUUCCAUUAUUGUCAGACCUGAAAAGUCAAUGUCACAAAAUGUUGACAAACCUUGCACAUAAUUAGAUAUAAAUUUAGAAUUACUCAUUCAAUUAAAGAAAUUUUUGCGAGUAAAAUUAUAAAUGUAAAAUACAAAGCAAAGGUUGGGUAACAGUUUUUUGAUAUCCGUAAUUGUUGCACUUAUCUGAUACAUAUUUCAUUGAAAUA